UCUUUACAUAAAGUAACUGAUUUGCCAUUCUCUUAUCGCUUAAUGGGCCGGGAUUUUUUUUGUUGUUGUUUCAUUUAACCUGCUUUUAAAACAGUUUUUCCUCCUUUAAAUAUGAUUUGUUAAUGUUUUUUUUAUUUUUCACAUCAAGCAUGUUGGCAUGACUGCAAGCUAAAGAGAUGACUUAUAAAUGGCAUGUUAUGAGUGAUAAUUUUCAGAUUUUUUUUUUUGUACAUGAAAGAUUCUUUUUUUUGUCCAGGAAAAAGAAGACAUGUUGGUUUUGUCCAAUACACACCACCAUUUUUCUUUGGGAAAUAUUUGUGGAGAAUGUUCCAACAAUGUGCAAAUCCUCUGUCAAGGGAUUAGAUUAAUCAAUGUCGCUAUUUCUGUGAAUGAAGGCUUUUUCCAGCGCACCAGCAAACUGUUUCUAAGUGAACGGGCCAGUUGGGUCCAGCUCAAAGAGUUUGCCCGCAAAAAUGCCGCCAACACCUUGUCUGUUGCCAACAUGGUCAUGGGAAUGGCCUCUAUUCUCAGCAGUCUUAAUGGACACCAUUAUGCUGCGUGUUGGCUGGUGCUGAUUGGUUACCUGCUAGAUUUGGCAGAUGGUGCGGUUGCCAGGCGACUGAACGCUUGCUCAGCAUUAGGAGCCAAACUGGAUGAUUUUGCUGAUUUCACAACGUUUGGAAUAGCGACGUCGCUGCUCUUAAGGACUCCCAAUAUCCUGGAUAACAUUCUCUGCAUGUGCUAUGUGCUGUCCGUGUUUAUCCGGCUUUGUUUCUUCUCCAGUGGGAUUCCUUUUAUGUAUCGCGGCCUGCCGUGCAUCUACUCAUCCGCCAUUCUCGCCUGCCUGUCUCUCCUGACUGGAGGGAACAUGGCUGUACUCCGUUUCACUGCCGUAGUCAUGAUCCUCUUCAUGGUGAGCCAGACGCUUUACCCUCAUGACCGGGUGUUAGAGUCACAGGCGUGGAAAAAGGUCAUUUACGCUGGAGGUAUUAUUAUGGUCUUCUGCUCUUCAUUCCCUCUUGUCUGUCUGUACUAUCUACUAUGGUCAGUCUCCUACAUUUUGUUCCCAAUGUCCUUAUGGAGCUGCAAAGUUUAACAGGCUACGAUGUGUUGUCCCCCAGUCUGACAGUCCAGGCUUAAGGAAAGCUCACAUUGCCGAACAGAAGCCUCUGCCUCGGAGUAUAAAACCCUGCUUUACCACAAAAACUUUACUACUGGAUAUCCUGUGCUUAAGGUGAUGAACUUUGGGAUGCAGUGAUGAAAUCAGGAAGUCUGGACUGUCUAUAAAGUCAUUUCACAAAAAUCAGUCUGUAAACAAAAAUCUGACUGCAAAACUUUUUAUUAUUUGAGUAAACUGUGAAUUACCUGUCGUGUUCCCAGAGCUCUAUGACCUGAUCCAUAUGUCGCUCUUGAAAUGUUAUGAGGGUUUCAUCACAGCUGCUGUGUGAUAUUAUUUUUGGUGAAUUUCAUUUCAUGAAGAACAACAUCUUGUAUAUAUGUACUGUACCAUAACUUGAGAUAUAUUCCAGAGACAUAUUGCUAGAUUGGAUAUUUUAUUAAAAAGGGAAAUAGAACAUGAGCAUGGGAAAUGCUUAUGUAUUCUUUAUAGGAAAACUAAAACUAAAACUGACAUUUUAAAAUCCAAUCAGGUUUUUAAAAAAGUAUUUUAUUAAUCAAGGGAAUUUAAUUAAUAAUUAUUGAAAUAUUUUUUACCACCAGUGGCUCUGAAUCUGCUUUGACAUGUAGGCAGUAAUACAUAAUAAAAAUAAAAGCCACUGCGGUAUGAUGAAUGUUAAUGCUUGCUAAUGUCAGAGAUCUAAUUUCUAGAUCUAAUUUCUUUAUUAAUUUUUAAAAAAUUAAAGACAGAUAAAAGGCUUUUCUUUGUUCUGUAACAUUCAAUUAAGACUGCAGGCCUUCGUAGUGAAGACACUUUAGGAAAACAGCGCACAUUUGUAUUCAGCCGUCUACACAUUAACUACAUAAUUAAUUCAGAAAGUUGUAUGAGAACUGCACAUGUGGGUGGAGUUUGCCUAAACCAGAGCUUGCCUAAACUUUUUAAACACACUCUCAUUAUUUUGUGUGUGAGAUCAGCGGAACUGAUUAGAAAGAAGUGCUGCUGUCUGACAUUGUGAUAAUCCACAACAUGUCACGCCGAUUUCAGGGUCUGGGCUACAAACACGCAUUCAAAUAUGACAAUGCCAUUUAAGGACAACAUUAAAGUCAUAAAUAUUACAGUAUUAAAGAAUUAAUAAAUAUCAUAUCAUUUCAUAGUGCCCGAAACAGUUGUUUUUCUCAUUUAAUUUACAAUUUCUCUUUGGAAUUAAUAAAGCACACCUGAUUACAUUGCAGGAUUUUAAAUCAAGACACACCAAUGUUUAUGAAAAUAAAACACUUUAGAUACAUGUUAUAAUUUUAUGACCUUGAUUUAGUAGGUUAAGGCUGUAAGACUACAGUAAAUGAGUUCUAUGAUUUUUGGAUCAAGUGCUAUUCAAUAAACUUCUGAACAAUGAAGGCUGAUGAUAAUAAUAAUAAUAACCGUGAUAUAAAACAGACACACUGCUAUAUACAGUAUAAUUUGUUGUUAUUGUUUUUUUUCCCCUCCAGGUAUUAUUAUGGUCUUUUGCUCUUCAUUCCCUAAAUUAGCCAAAUUUGCUAAUCUAUGACUAUCUGUGCAUUAAAAUAGUAGCAUUA